UUUUUAAGCCAACCCUCCGCUCAAACGAGGAGUCUCUGGAAGUCGGGCUCAGUUUCUCUCUUUCAGCCAUUCCGUCUAUCUUGUUUCCACUCCCUCUUCCCGCCUUCCUCACUCCUCCUUUUCUUCGUUUCCCAUUCUCGCCUGUUGCUUCCUCUUCUCCCCCCGCACGAACUUGAGUCGACAUUUAAAGUGCUCGGUGAUGAACUGCUGAACACGACGCUACCAAGUGAGCAGAGUGCCAAGUCAUUUAAGAGCUGCCAGACAUGGGGAAGCAGAACAGCAAGCUCCGUCCCGAGGUGAUGCAGGACCUCCUGGAGAGCACGGACUUCACCGAGCACGAGAUUCAAGAGUGGUACAAAGGCUUCCUGCGGGAUUGCCCCAGCGGGAACCUGUCCAUGGAGGAGUUUAAAAAGAUAUAUGGCAACUUUUUUCCUUAUGGAGAUGCUUCAAAGUUUGCAGAGCACGUUUUUCGCACGUUUGACGCAAACGGUGAUGGCACCAUAGACUUUCGGGAGUUCAUUAUUGCUCUGAGUGUGACGUCACGUGGCAAACUGGAGCAGAAGCUAAAAUGGGCCUUCAGUAUGUAUGACCUGGAUGGGAAUGGCUACAUCAGUAAAAAUGAGAUGCUGGAGAUUGUACAGGCUAUUUAUAAGAUGGUGUCCUCUGUGAUGAAGAUGCCUGAAGAUGAGUCAACCCCUGAGAAAAGGACAGAGAAGAUCUUCAGGCAAAUGGACACCAACAGAGAUGGUAAGCUGUCCCUGGAGGAGUUCAUCAAGGGAGCAAAGAGUGACCCCUCCAUUGUACGCCUGUUACAGUGUGACCCCAGCAGUGCUGGACAGUUUUGAAGAUGAGGCAUCAGCUUGUAAGCUUUCAGUUCCUGCCACAAUGUCUUCUUCAGUGCCUCCAUGGCUGAUCCAUAAUGCUCUUCACCUUACACUCUGGGGACGUCUGAUGAUGAAAAAUGACAAGUUCACGAUGAAGAAGACGAGAGACCUUCAGUUUAUGUUGAAGACUUCAAAGAUGUGCACACUUUCCAGCUCUUGAGCAGUUUGUCCAAAUCCCCGCAGACUCUCAACUGCUGGACCUUCUUGCGGUUUCGAAAAGCUCACCGAUGGCUAAAAGAGCCUCCAUUACCACUAAUGUGCAUAGUAGACAGCAGUGCACCAUAAUGAAGGAAAAAGAGACAUAAUUUUGUUUCACGAAAGGACUUCCUUAGGUAAGAGAUUUUAAUCUGCAGAGCGGACGUCUAAUUUACUCUUUUAUACUGUGAGAAUGUUUAAUGUGUAUUCCACAAAUGUGUAGAUUUUUAUUUCAUUACGACAAAAAAAAGAAUAACAUGCUACUUUCACGAAUGUAACAAUGAAGGAUGAAACACGUCAUUUCUGUGGUUUUGCAUGUUUUUCGACAUCUUUUAACAGGUGGAGCAGCAGAACAUUCUGGUCCUUAAGUUUUUGAUGACAGUGUCAAUGCUUUAAAAAAAAAAGUGCACGCCUCAAUUUGUAAUGCAAAUCCAACCUUGUGUGUUUUAUGAUAUUUAUGCUGCUGCAGGAUUUAAAACGUAAAAGUCGGUUUCUUUCUACUCUUUAAAAAAGAAAAACAUUUUACUUUCACUUUUAGAUGUUUUUAAAUGGGAAACGGGAUCAGUUUACGACUAUCAACACUUGCUUAUGCGCUUGUGUUUGGCAAUGGUGUGUUGCUUCUGUUCCCAUAUUGUGAGGGUCAGUACUACCCGUCAGUAUUAUUGACAACACUGAAAAACUUCUCUUUUUUUGGUGCAACACAAAACAGCAUUGUUGUGUACAACAAAAGCAGUAUUGCAUAAAUGUAUACAUUGUGACGUGUUGAAUGAAAUGUUAAUAGUUGCAUUUUUUGUAGGUUUUUGUAUGGCAUAUCCUGUAUUAAAUAGGCUCAUCUUUAGAAGGCAAGAAUUUCAUUUACAAUUAAAUGUUGUGGUUUUGCUUACUGCCUGAACCUCAGGGUGCACGUCUAGCUCACUGUAGAUCAUUUAAAUAGUUGGCAACUCACUGACCUGUUAUUUUCACCUGGUUACUAAAUACCUUCAAGUCAUGAACGUCAUCAAAUGUAUUACAUAUAUUAUGUAAUUUAUUAUGACAGUUCUAGUGAAGGCGGCGACUUGGUUUUAGUGACGCUCAUUUUUUUUUUUGUAAUAUAAGAAUGUUAUGAAACUGAAUAUUUUGUGUAAGAAAGAGGACAGCGGGGGGAAACAUGUAUGUAAUUGGCAAUUAUGAAUGUCAUUGUUACAUUAUGUGUACAAUAAAAGCAGAUGUUUGCA